CAAAGGGUGACAUUUUAGACCAAUCACUAACUAACACACAAACGCCCUCCUGUACAGAGUACUUUACUAACCAAAAGCCUGUUCACAGAACUAUGUAUUCUAACGACGAUCCCAGCCAGACAGUUGUAUAUUCCGAAGAAUCUAACACAACUGUGUCAUACACACAAAAAAUCACUAGUCCACUGCCAACAGCUUCCAGCACAGGUCCCCCACCACUUGCUGACGUCAGAACCCCAUUUCUGCAAGAGAACUACAUGCAAGAUUCUCAGACUCGGAGAAUUUCUACCUUGAAACUAACCCAUAGCCCGGAUCUAGCUAGUAGCAGCCCCUUCAAUCCAUCACAGCUUUCCAAAUCGGCUGAAGUGCCAUCAUUUCCCAGAAGGCCUUUCCCACCGCCCCCUGACACGGUGCCUGAGACACACACAGCAUCUCUUUCCAUUCAGAUCGCUCCCCUUUCAGGACAGGGUUCUGAAGGCCGCAGACAGCUCCCUGACCUUUCUCCAGAGACUGCAAAGAUUCCUCUGCAGCAAGAGAGACAAAAAUCUGCGGUUGCUGCAGCCUCGCAGCCCUCCGACGGCCGGGUGGUACCUUACACUUUCCAGUCUCUUCUUACAGGCCUGUUGGAGGGACCCUCACUAACUCCUUUGGUUUGGGCUUCUUAUAUAACUGAAUGCUUUUUUAGAGUUUUGAAGCAGGAAAGGAAAGGAGAAAGAAACCAUCUUCCAAUUCGAAGGCCUAUUAAAUUCACCAAUAAAUUUGGAGGUUUUUUUUUAAUAUGUAGAUCUUUCAUCUAGAAAUCAUCUUCUAAAUGUUUCCUACUUUCUGGAUGUUUAUAAGCGAAUAAUUGAUGGGUCAGUUUUCACAACACUGCAAGCCGCUUCAGUACUUAAAAUACUUUUAGGUUUCAAAACAUUAUUUUUUGUGCCGGACUUUUUGGUACCCGCAUUUGCUUUAUUUGCAUGUCUAAAACUUCUUAAAAUAAUGGUCAG